UCCAGUGUUUAUCACUCUAGUAAGGUGGUGUUAGUGUCAAGAGAUAAUACCAAAAUUAAUAAAAAUUACAUGAAUAUUAUUAAAAAAACAUCCGAAACCCGUUUUCCUACAUAAUGUCACUCUUUGUGUUCUUAUUGUUCUUCAUUUGGAUUCAUCCCGAUACAAAGGCAGAGAACAUCGAAUGUCUAAAAAAUCCACGAAGUUCCAAUUGCGUGGCGUUAUCAGAUAUUUCUUCGAAAUCGGUAGAUGAAUUGGAAAUCUUCCAGGCAUCAAUGACGACACUUCCUACAUCAUAUUUCUUGCAAUUUGGAUACCAAAACGUAUCGGAAAUAAAAUUAUGCAGUAGCCAUGUAAGAAAUAUCGAAGAUGAUGCUUUCGCAGGUCUAACUCGACUCAAAAGACUCCAUUUAAGCAAUAACUUCCUGAAAACGCUCACAAGCGCUGGUUUCAGAGGACUCGAACAACUCGAUAUGCUCGUACUGUCGUUUAAUAAGAUCGACAAAAUAGAAGAAGGAACACUUAAAGGGUUAACGAGUUUAAUUUACUUGAAUAUCCGAAACAACGAAUUGUCAGUUAUACCGAACGAAAUACAAGAGCUAAACAAUCUCAAGUAUUUAGAUAUGUCGCAUAAUGAUUUCAGUAACGUGAACGUCAUAUUAAAAUCGAAUUCUCUUAAUUUUCUCAGACUGAGUUCUUGCAAAAUUGUGACUUUGACGGAGAACAGUUUUAAGGGAACCCCACAACUUCAAUUACUGGACAUUUCCUACAAUUUACUCACCACAUUACCAUUCCAACUUCUUCAGCCUCUCACUGCCCUCGUCGUUUUUGAUGUUAGCGAUAACCUUUUCGACAAUGGAUUUCCCAAUAUUUACAAACCCGAAAAUUUGACCAAUGUAACAUCAAAAUAUUCCGGUUCGCUCUCCGAUUUAUUGAAGUACAUAAAUGAAACGAAAUCCAAAAGUUAUUCGUCAAAACUGUUAAAUAAAGAACUUCUAAACAAAAUUGCAAGCUGGCUUAUACCAAUGCUCUGUAUUUUCGGCGCAUUAUUUUCAUAUUUUCUCUAUGCAGUCAUUACUUCAACAAACAAGUUCAAACUAAAUCAAUAAGUUACAGAUCAGUUGUUCAUUGCUGAAUUAUUGAUAUUGACUCUUCUAAUUGAUAGAUAUCAUAAAAACUGAUGUGUGAUUAUCAAAAACCUUGAAUAAAGAAAAACUCUGUUUCAACUAGAUUAAUCUUAUAUUUUUCAUGAUUUUUUAACGAAUUAAUAUUGUAAAAUACCUCAUAUGUUUGAUAUUUAUAAUACUACAAUUUUCAAUAUUAUUGCUUUAGUUUUAUUCUAAAUAAAAUGUUAAAAAAUCAUAGAUAACAGCGAUUAGUUUUUUAUUGAUUUAUAUUUAAUUAGGUGCAAAUAUGAAUCUUUUGGUAUUUUUUGUAAAUUAAUAAUUAUUUUUACCGUACCUGUUUUAUUUGUUAAUGAUUUUAAUAAAUAGUAAAUGUCUGUAUCUACAUAAGUAAUUAACAUUAAUCUGUUUGAAGUAUAACUGUACAAAUCCAAAAAAUUUGAAAUUGUUUUGAAAAUUGUUUCACAUACAAUAAACAGGUUAGAAAUAAAAAAGAAAUUAACGAAAGUUCGUGAUGAUAUAGUUUUUUGUAGAUCUGUAGUGUAAGAUCUCUUUUAUAUUAUGAGAAUGUACUUCUUAUAAUCAUCUGUGAAUGUUUUUGAUUAUAAACAAAUCAAUAUCCAAAAUUUAACUGAUUUUAUAAAAAUAGUUGAAAAAAGACCCAUGACAACAGACGAACUGUCAAUUGAUAUUAAUUUUUACCAAUAAAUUAAUAAUAAGUGAAUUAUGUGAAGUAUAAUUUCUGGUUUAAAAUAGAUAGGUAAAUAAUAAACCGUUAAAUAUA